CGCACCGGGGAAGAUGGCGGCGCCCGAGGCGGCGUGGAACCGGCUGGACGUGCCGUGGCCCGCCAGUAGCCCCACGGUGGCCCUGGCGGACAGUCACCCUGCAGUGAGGUGGCUGCCGGUGCUGCGGCGGCGGUGCGGCAUGGUCGGCAAGCGGCUGUCGGGGAGGGGCCUGGCCGCCGAGGGACGCGUCCUGCGGGCCGUGCUGUACGUGUACCACAGCAGGCUGCUCCGGCACCGGCCCUACCUGGCCCUGCAGCAGGUAGAACAAUGCUUGAAACGCCUAUGGAAGAUGAACUUGGUGGGCUGCAUUGAAACUCUGGCAGGACUGAUCCCCAAGAAGAAUACACCCCAAGCCCAUGCAGAGUGCUUAGUUCCCAGCCAGCCUAUGCUGGAAACAGUGGCUCUGAAGGUGUUGGGAGGUUGCAAGCUCAUUCUCCGUCUACUGGACUGUUGCUGUAAAGCUUUUCUCUUGUCCGUUCAACAUCUCUGCUCAGAAGAAUUCAUACUUUUGAACACUGUGGCUUCAGGGUUAUUGAGCCGGCUAUGGAUUCAGCACAGGGGUGUACUGCAGAGCCUCAUUUCCUUGUAUGGCGUAUUGUCGACAUCACUUCAUCUGGUAUCUGAGACCCAACAGAUGCCUUAUAUCAAGGGGUUUACCUUCCCUUCUGAUAUCAGUAACUUCCUUGGAGUGAAUGUUUCUUCUGAGGUGAAGAAGCAAAAGGCUAGAAUGCUUACAACAAAAAAACCUACCAGCUGGCUGAAGAAGCUCUUUCCUACGAUGCCAGAGGCAGUGUCAGAGGUGGGGAAAAAGAGACGUUUUGCGACCUGCACGAGUGCUCUGAAAAACCGUAGCAUCCCAUGCCCUGUGGACAUCGGAGAGCCAGUUCUGGUGACCAGAGCCAGCAGAGGGAAGCACCUGGGGUUUGAUGUGAAGAGCUUGCUUAGACCAUCCAGACCUCUAACACAACAGGGUAUAAGCAUUGCAUCAACACCUUUUAAAGCAAAAUCAGCAUCACUUUCCUCUCAUAUAGCAAAAUCGCAGCAUACUGGAGCUCUUGUACAGAUGGUCCAAACAGCUUCGUCGUUUGGGGAACUGUCAGAGGCACUCAGAAAAGCUAUUUUGUGGUGCAAAGGCAACAAAUUCAAAUCGGAAUCUUAUUUUCUGCGUAACAAGUUGUUGAAAAGUAAUCGGUUGCACCAUGUGGAGGCUCAAGGAUGCAGGUUGAAGAAAAAACUGUGCUGUGUCAAAACAUCUGUCCGUAAAUACCUCCUAUAUGGGUCACAAAACACACGCUGGCCAAAGCAGUACCUCAGGGCAUGGUUCUGUCGAAGGAGGAUCAAAUCAUCCACACGCUUGAAGAGAACUUUGAAGACUGUUCGGCAAAAUUCUUCUCAGCUUUUUGGGGUCUGUGAGAACAGUGCAUCCCCUGUGCUCCCAGCUUACCCGGAUGGGCCUCCGUGUCGUGAAGGACGUUCCAAUGCUGUUAGAGCCUCUGUCAGACCAAGCACAGCCAGGACCACUAAGCAGCUGCUGCUGGAAGGAAGCCCUGGCCCUGCGUGGGAAGAAGCUACUGAGAACAUGGAUAUUGAUUCUAUUUUUGCAGCAAUGGGUGUCUGACCCUGGACUUGCAAGGAGGAAAGAGAUCAAGCCAUUCCAAUUAUUUUUUCUGAAGUAAAAACCCUCAAAACCCUAACGGUGUCUUGGUAAUUCACAGCCCAAAUUCUGCUAUAGAAGUAGCAAUUAUUUUAUUAUAUUUUUGUAAACCAGUUUUUUUUUUUAUGGAAGGGUGUUCCAAACAGCUGAAUAGUCUUCAUCCUUUCACCUAGCCUUGUCCAGAAACAGUGAGCUACCCCUCCUCAGUGUCGCCUAUUGCUGGACCACAUGUUAAGUACCAAUAAUUGCCAUCUAUGUCAGAAGGCUGCAGCUGAUCGCCUACUGCUGCUUAGGACAAGACUUGCUGCUGCUUUUACAAGGAAGUAGCCUUAUACCCUUCCUUCUCUGCCACUUGUAUAUGGGACAGCCUUAACUUGCAGUAUUAUUGAGGUUG